ACGACUAUAAUAAGAAUGGGUCGCGAGUCCCCGUGACGUCACACCUGCUUCUGUAUAAAUAAAGUGCGCGGCGGCCGCUGAACGAAAGAGACGACUGCGGGAUUCCUCAACCAGACGGCGUUGGAUUUAUUGGCAGCACCUACAAUGACUUUGAACAAGAGCGACAAAUUGCGGAGCAUGGACAAGAGGAGAGGCAGCACGCCCUUCCCCACGAACAUGGUCAACCUGCACCGCAGAAGCAUGCCGGUUGACGACAGGGACCUGCGCGCCGCCGCCGUGCACCCGAGCGGACAGAACCACGAGCUGUCCAAGCUGCUGCGCUGCACUUCCUACUCCCAGAACGAGCAGCACCGGGGCAGCUGCGCCUCCGACUCCUCGGACUCGGUCAUUUCCACCUGCAGCGAGGCCGACUCGCAAGUGCACAAAGUGGUUCUCCUGGGGGAGCACGGCGUGGGCAAGUCCAGCCUGGCGCGCGUCUUUGGCGGAUUCGAGGACGCUCCACACGACUGUGACGAAGCAGGAAACACUUAUGACAGAUCUAUUGUGGUGGAUGAGGAAGAAUCAGCUAUUGUGCUGUAUGACAUCUGGGAACAGGAUAACAGCCAGUGGCUAAAGGAGCAGUGCAUGAGGAUGGGCGACGCCUACAUCAUCGUGUACUCGGUGACGGACAAAUCCAGCUUCGAGAAGGCAUCGGAGUUGCGGAUUCAGCUGCGCAGGGCCAGACAGUCCGAAGAUAUUCCCAUAAUCCUUGUGGGCAAUAAGAGUGACCUGGUGAGGUCCAGAGAAGUGUCAGUUGAUGAGGGGAGCGCUUGCGCGGUGGUGUUUGACUGCAAGUUCAUCGAGACGUCGGCCUCCCUACACCACAACGUGCAGGACCUGUUUGAGGGCAUCGUUCGGCAAAUCCGUCUGAGGAAGGACAGCAAAGAGGAGAACGCUCGACGCAUGGCAAACUGCAGGCGCCGAGAGAGCAUCAGCAAGAAAGCGAAAAGAUUUCUGGGCCGCAUGGUCGCGCGCAAAAACAAGAAGAUGGCUUUCAGGCAGAAGUCAAAGUCCUGCCAUGACCUCACAGUUCUUUGAGAACUCCAUUGGACACAAGGACGUUUUUUCUUUUCUUGGCCUCGGAAGACCCAACGCUGUGUGUUUUUUUUAUUAUUAUUAUUUUUAUUUGAACACUAACUAAAAUGGACUAAUAGAGCUGUACAGAAAUAUAUUUUUGAUCUUCAGACACCAAAAGCAAAGUCAUAUCAUCUUAAUGGUGUUCACAUGCAUGAAGCUUUGCAUAUUUAUUUGAUUUUGUCUGCCUUCAUCCACAACAGGCUUCCCUUUGCCCCCAAAUAGAUUGCAAAGGUUGCCUCUUCUAUUUUGCUGAAAGGGACUGAUGUUCAAUUUCUACCUUGGAUGAUGCUAAAUGCAACAUACAGUACAUCUCAUUACGCACAAGGCCAUAAAGCAUCGCGCGUGUUCUGGAGUCAUCACAUUCACUUGCAGGCCGGUACGCAGGUUCGUGCCUCAGCCAAGUUAAACGAAGCAGCACCGUUCAGAGGAACCAUUGCAGUUGUUCUUUAACACCCAAGUCAUUGUGUGAAGCAGUAUGGUACAUUUGUCUUGUAGACAUUCGGGAUUUCUUUGUUUUCGAUACAUUUUUUUUCAAUAAACGAUCAAAU